GAAUUAUCGAUGCAAUAUAAUCCGAUGCAAGGAUUCACCAUUCAACAACAGAUUGAAAAAACAGCAAAUCGCGUUGGAUUACAAGUCCCCACUAAUAAUAGUGAGGCGGAUAUUAGUUAA